CUCGCCCGUCAGCUGCUGGACCUUCAGGAGCUUCUGCACCAGCUUCGUCCGCAACUUUCUGAUCCUGAACUUUUCAGUGUCUCUGCAGUGAGUGGUCUUCGGGUGGACGGAGGUGGACCAUGUCCCACAUCCAGAUGGAGACCAGGUCCAACGGAGCCUCCAAACAGCACGGAGCCACCGUCAGCUUCCACCAGAUCCACUACAAGGUGUCGCAGGGAGGAUGCUUCUGCAGGAAGAAAGUCCCGGAUAAAGAGAUCCUCAUCGACCUGAAUGGGAUCAUGAAGCCCGGACUGAACGCCAUCAUGGGAGCGACAGGAAGCGGCAAGUCAUCCUUCCUGGACGUGCUGGCGGCGAGGAAGGACCCGUGCGGCCUGUCGGGGGAGGUCCUGAUCGACGGAGCUCCUCAGCCUCCGAACUUCAAGUGUCUGUCCGGCUACGUGGUGCAGGACGACGUGGUGAUGGGAACUCUGACCGUCAGAGAGAACUUCACCUUCUCCGCCGCGCUGAGGCUCCCCACCUCCGUCAGCGCCAGCGACAAAGAGCAGAAGGUCAACAGGGUCAUCCAGGAGCUGGGCCUGAGCCGCGUGGCCGACUCCAAGGUGGGCACUCAGCUGAUCCGUGGGAUCUCCGGUGGUGAGAGGAAGAGGACGAACAUCGGCAUGGAGCUGAUCAUCGACCCCCCCGUCCUCUUCCUGGACGAACCCACCACCGGACUGGACGCCAGCACCGCCAACUCUGUGCUGCUGCUGCUGAAGAGGAUGGGGAACCACGGGCGCACCAUCAUCUUGUCCAUCCACCAGCCUCGUUACUCCAUCUACCGUCUGUUCGACAGCCUCACGCUGCUGGUCACCGGGAAGCAGGUUUACCACGGCCCGGCGCAGAGCGCCCUGGAGUAUUUCUCAGAUAUCGGGUACACCUGUGAGCCGCACAACAACCCCGCCGACUUCUUCCUCGACGUCAUCAACGGAGACGCCACCGCCGCCGCCGCCAUCAGCAGCAGCGUGGAUAAAGAAGAUUCCGACUCGGUGUCCAAGUCCAGACAAAGUAUCGAGGACAAACUGGUGGAGGAGUACCGGAGCUGUAGCUACGCCCGGGAGACCCGAGCAGAACUGGAAAGCAUCGUCCAGGGGAAGCAGAGGACGCCAGCGUCUCGCUCCAGAACCAUCACGUACAACACCGGCUUCCUCACGCAGUUCCGAUGGGUUCUGAAGAGAACGUUCCGCAACCUGCUGCUCAACCCGCAGACGUCCGUGGCUCAGAUCGCUGUCACUUUGUUCCUCGCUCUGAUCGUAGGAGCCAUUUUCUUCGACGUCCAGGAGGAUCAGAGUGGAAUGCAGAACAGGAUCGGAGCUUUGUUCUUCAUCAUCAUCAACCAGUGCUUCAGUUCCCUGUCGGCCGCUGAGCUCUUCAUCUCCGAGAGGAAACUCUUCAUUCACGAGUACACCAGUGGUUACUACCGUCUGUCCGUCUACUUCCUGUCCAAGCUGCUGUCAGACAUCCUCACCCUGAGGACACUUCCUGCCAUCGUCUUCAGCUGCGUGGCCUACUUCCUCAUCGGUCUGAAGCCCACCCCCGAGGCCUUCUUCUUCUUCAUGUUCACCGUCAUGCUCGUGGCCUACACCGCCACCUCCAUGGCGCUGGCCAUCUCCGCCGACCAGACGGUGGUCGCCAUCGCCAACAUCUUCAUGACCAUCGCCUUCGUCUUCAUGAUGAUCUUUGCUGGUCUCCUGGUGAACCUUCCCUCCAUCUCCAGUUGGCUCGCCUGGUUAAAGUACCUCAGUAUUCCCAGAUAUGGUCUGAGUGCUCUGCAGGCGAACGAGUUCACUGGACUGUACUUCUGUCACGGACGCAACGAGUCUCUCAUCCCACCUGGACUCGCGUGCACGGGCGAGCAGUUCCUGGAGCAGCAGGGAGUGGAUUUCUCCACGUGGGGUUUGUGGCAGAACCAUCUGGCACUGGGCGUCAUGACCAUCUCCUUCCUCACCAUCACGUACCUGAAGCUCUUCUUCAUCAAGAAGUUCUCCUAGACCUUCAUCAUCAUCACGUACCUGAAGCUCCUCUUCAUCAAGAAGUUCUCCUAGACCUUCAUCAUCAUCACGUACCUGAAGCUCUUCUUCAUCAAGAAGUUCUCCUAGACCUUCAUCAUCAUCAGGUACCUGAAGCUCCUCUUCAUCAAGAAGUUCUCCUAGACCUUCCUCAUCAUCACGUACCUGAAGCUCCUCUUCAUCAAGAAGUUCUCCUAGACCUUCCUCAUCAUCACGUACCUGAAGCUCUUCUUCAUCAAGAAGUUCUCCUAGACCUUCCUCACCAUCACGUACCUGAAGCUCCUCUUCAUCAAGAAGUUCUCCUAGACCUUCCUCACCAUCACGUACCUGAAGCUCCUCUUCAUCAAGAAGUUCUCCUAGACCUUCAUCACCAUCACGUACCUGAAGCUCCUCUUCAUCAAGAAGUUCUCCUAGACCUUCAUCAUCAUCACGUACCUGAAGCUCUUCUUCAUCAAGAAGUUCUCCUAGACCUUCAUCAUCAUCACGUACCUGAAGCUCCUCCUCAUCAAGAAGUUCUCCUAGACCUUCAUCAUCAUCACGUACCUGAAGCUCCUCUUCAUCAAGGAGUUCUCCUAGACCUUCCUCACCAUCACGUACCUGAAGCUCCUCUUCAUCAAGAAGUUCUCCUAGACCUUCAUCAUCAUCACCGUCACCAUGGCGAUAUAAUCACAGCCUUAUUAUCACGUCUCGGUUUUGAUUCAGUCGAGAAAAUAACAAGAAUUUUCACAUGAACUGUUCAGUUGUUUGUAAAAUGAUUGUUUCUUGUAUAUAGAUUAAUAAUAAUAAUGAAAUGUAUUUAUACAACAGCACCGUUCAUUCUUUAUUGUUAUUCACUCCGUAUUAACAUGCAGCACUUUUUAUUGAUUGAUUGAUUUUAAGUCAUUAUUGGGACUAAGAUGAUUUCAUUAAUGAUUUUUUUAUAAUAAAAUAUUUGAAUCUG